AUGGUGAAGUCGCCGUCAGAUGGCCCCAGCAGCCGCCGCGUGGGCUUUGGGGCUUUUUGGCGCGAGCGAGUGGCGCCUUGCUUCGCGCUGCAUGCAACCACGUGCUUGCCUCUUUUGAAGAAACGCAAACAGCAGCAGCAGCAGCAGCAACAACAGGAGGAGGAGCAGCAGCAGCGGGCGGUCGCUCUUUGCACACACGCUGAUGAAGCGUCGCACGCAACGGGAAAGCUUGAGGCGGCGGCACAAAGGGGCGCAAAGACAGCAGCAGCAGCAGCAACAGCAGCUGGGUCACCUACUGCAGCACGAAAAGCAGCAACAGCAGGAGCAGCAGCAGCAGGAGUGGGGGGCUCUGCUGCUUCCCCUGCUGCUUUGCCUGCCCUUACCGAUGCCCAGCUGCAGCAGCAGCUAAAGGAGCUGCGGCGUUCCAUAACCAGGUGGUCUACCAAACUUGCUGCUGCUCAGGCAGCAGCAACAGCAGAGCUGCAGCAGCUGCUGCGGCGAGCAGAAGCAGCAGCAUUUCUACAAAGCAAAAAGGAACAAGCAAACAACCCACCAACGAGCGCCUCUCUGCAGCAAAUGGAAGAAGCCAACUGCAGCAGCAGCAGCAGCAAGUAG